AUGGCGCCUGGUUUAACGGGCUUAGCACCCAUGUACGCGAUGAGGCUGUCCCUUACGCUUCUGUCCGCUGCUUUGGCGGCCUCCGCGGCCGCCAUUCCUUUGACGCUAGACUACUCGGAGAGUACCAUUGCAAAGCUCAAGGCGCGGCAGACCGCUAGCGCAGCGGGAAGUAUACAAAGGCGUCAGUCGACGGGAGACACGGCGAACGAGUUCCUCGACGGGGGCUGUCGAGAUGUUAUCUUCAUUUUUGCGCGCGGCAGCACCCAAGACGGUAACAUCGGCGACGACCCAGGUCCGCAAACCAUCGACCAGCUCAAGGCCGCACUGGGCACAGACACCGUGGCGGCUCAAGGCGUCGACUACCCGGCCCUGCUGAUCGACAACCUCAGAGCCGGUGGUUGCGACCCCGCCGACGCGGACAACAUGCGCGCGCUCAUCACGCAAGCCGCGACGCAGUGUCCGACGGCGAAGCUCGUCGUCUCGGGCUACAGCCAGGGGGCGGCGCUGGUGCAUCGGUCGGUCGAGGCCGCGGAGGCCGGCGUCAAGGAGCGCAUCUACGCGGCGGUGACGUACGGCGAUACCCAGAAGGCGCAGGAUGAUGACCAUAUUCCGGAUUUUGAUCCUGGCAAGACUUUGAUUCUGUGCCAUGAUGGGGACGAGGUGUGCGAGGGCACGCUGAUUGUUACGGAUGCGCAUUCGGGGUAUAGUGACCUUGCGCCUGAGGCGGUGAGCUUCAUUGUGAGUAAGGUUUAGAGGGCCGCUGGUUUUGGGAUGGGGUUGUUGAGCGUUUGAUACGAGCCUGGGUGCCUUCAGGAGUUAGGUAAUUGCGGAAAGGAUAGGAUAUUAUGAUAGGUAUCAUCCUGAGUAGGUACGAAUAAAGUUAAUGAUUGUAAAGAAAUGAGACAUAUUCUCUGAAGUAGUAAAUGGCAAGUACUAAGAAUGGACCUGGAUCGAACAUGAUGUGCGGCAACUCGCCUGUUUCCAGCAUCGACGCAAGAUAAAACUCGUAAAUAGCAAUGUAGUAGUAUAUCAGUCUGGAGUAAGAAUGAUGGAUUGGUCGCCCUCAUUGCUGCUAAAUCCAACGCAGAGUGUUAUACUUGUUUGGCUCAUGAUCGGCCAGUUCGAGAAAUCCCUAUUCAAGUUUGGAUCUGUA